AUGCCUAUCUAUGAAAAGCCGGCUCGCCCUCUGACCUGGCUGAUCACCGGCUCCUCCUCGGGUCUCGGCCUCGCGCUUACGCGCGUAGUCCAAGCCCAAGGCCACACCGUCAUCGCAACUUCGCGAGACCCUUCCAAGGUCCCGGAGUUGGUGGCUGAAGUCGAAAGCCACGGUGGUGAAUGGUACCCUCUGGAUGUCACCAGUGCGUCAUCCACCGCAUCCUUGAUGGAAACCCUCGCUUCCAAGGGCAAGCAGAUCGACGUGCUCGUGAACAAUGCAGGCACAGUUGCCUUUGGCGUCAUGGAGCAGCAUGACGAUGAAGAUCUCCGGGCGCAAAUGGAGCUCCUGUAUAUCGGGCCCAACAGGCUGAUUCGUGCUGUUCUUCCGUCUAUGCGCAAGCAGCGGUUCGGAAGUAUCAUCAACAUUAGCUCUGGCGCUGCAUUGGAGGGUUAUGAGAGUAUGGGCGCGUAUGCUGCGGCGAAGGCAGCGUUGGACGCCUCGAGUCGGGUUCUGGCGAAAGAAGUCGCGCCCUGCAAUGUACGCCUUUUGACUGUGUGCAUUGGUACUUUCAUGUCGAACAUUGGGAGUGUUUCUCUUGUGCCUCGACGCCCAUUGCCCGAGGAUUACAAGGGCUCUGUCGGUGAUGCUUUGCUCAAGACCAUCCAGGACGGGAGAUACGCGGAGAUUGUGAAUAGCGACAAGGACAAAGCGGCCAAGGCGAUAUAUGACGUUGCCAUGGGUGAAGGCGCCGGGGCUGGUUGUGGUGACGAGCGAUUCAUGAUGCUGGGCAAGGAUAUGAUCAAGCGCGUCGGUGGGGCGCGCGACCAGUAUGCCCAUGCCUUGGAUGUAUUUGAAGAGAUCAGUGCAAGUGUCGCCAUUGCGGACAAGGCUUAA